AUGGCCUUUCUUCUGAAUUCCAUGAACCAAGAUCUUGCCAAUGGCUAUUUUCUUCUAGAGAAUGCUGCCCAGAUAUGGAUGGCUGCCAAAGAAACUUAUGGACAGAUUCGUAACGAUGCUCAGGUUUAUGAAUUACGAAAAAAAAUUCAUGAAACCACUCAGAUGGACCUCUCUACUUCCAAGUAUUAUGCUCUCCUACGAAGUCUAUGGCAACAGCUGGAUCAUUACACUGAUUACCAGCCCACUAAUCCUACUGAUAUUGCUGCCUAUCGCAAGCAUGUAGAUAAAAUCAGAGUAUAUGACUUCCUUGCUGGACUAAAUAUGGAAUAUGAUCAGAUUCGGGUCCAGGUACUUAGCAGGAUCGCUUUUCCUACUUUGGAACAGUCCUAUGCCUUAGUACAUACUGAAGAAAGCAGACGGACUGCUAUGUUACACACUCCCACCAGUGAUCGAUCAGCUCUAAAAACUGCUGCCACUGCUGUUCCUACAUCUAAUGGGCUUUCCACUACUAGUGACUCUUCUAAAGUAACCGUGAAGUGUGAACAUUGUAAUAGGCCUUAUCAUACCAAGGCUCCUUGUUGGAAACUCCAGGGUAAACCGGCUGACUUUGAAGCUAAACGUGCUGCCCAGAAGUCGAAAAACAAAGCCAAUCAUACUGAGGUUGUCACUACUACUCCCACUACUGACAUUGGUCUAUCCAAGGAAGAACUUCAAGCGCUCCGUCAUAUGUUACAGGCUUUUGCUGAUUCUACUACAUCGACCCCUGCUAGUUCUUCCACUAAUCUAGGUUCAAAUUUUGUCCAUUAA